AUGGAUCGAUUCGUCGACAUAAAACAACGGGAACUAGCUACUGUUAUAGUAUCUUGCGCGCUCGUGACAUCUCUGAUUGCGACCCUCCUCUCCUGGACAUGGCUUCCCAUUCCUGCAUAUACAGCGAAAAUAGUCGCCCUCUGUGCACUGAUCCACUCACUUGUUGCGAUUGGUAUUGCAGCCCAGCAACUUAUCGCGCUCACCCGAGCUCACAUCCACCCCCAUCGUACACAGGUCAUGCAGUAUAUUCUCUUCGGCUCUAUUGCCAACCCUCAAUCCCCGAUAACAGACGUCAACGCGGGUAGUGGCUGGCGACAUUUCUCGUGGCAAAUACCAACAAUGCUUUUAGGAAACAGCAUCGUGCUCACCUUGAUAACGCUUGGGAUUGCUGUCUUUGACGAAGAGAGGAAAGCCGCAGUUUGGGGUACAGAGACGGUGACGGCGCUUUGUGUUGCUGUGUCAUUAUCGUUCGGCGUUGGCUGUUACUUCAUUUCCUGGUUUUGCAUCGAAUGGCAGAUGCAAGAAGCUAUCGCGAAGGACUUGUAG